AUGUCGAGCGUGCCUUCGGAGUCCUACAAGCUAGAUGAACGAUCAUCAGGAACUGAGGACAACGUUCAUGAAUUUGAAGAAAGAGAAGAGGUGGCUACAUUUUUCGUCAAUAUGCCUUCACCUAUCGCUUCAAUAUGUUUUGGUACGGCACUGACUCUACCUAAGUAUUUCUGUAGAUAUUGCGAAAAUCCACUAGCUCUCGGUGAAGAUCUCAUCUCCAAAAAAUUUGUGGGAGCUUCAGGGCCAGCUUUUAUGUUUUCGCACGCGAUGAACGUGGUGGUUGGACCCAAGAUUGGGAGGAAAUUGUUAACCGGAUCGUACGUGGUGGCAGAUGUGAUGUGUAGUAAGUGUGGUGAGAAGUUGGGUUGGAAGUAUGUGGAGACCUUCAAUCUUAAACAGAGGUAUAAAGAAGGCAUGUUUGUGAUCGAAAAGCUCAAGUUGACCAAGAAAUAUUGAAACUUUUUUCAAGAUUACUCUUUUUUCAAUACAUUAAUUAAAAAAAUUAAAAUAAAAAAGAUGUGGCUUAUAUGUAUAUUUACCUCUAGUGUUUGUAUGAAUGUCAAUAUAUUGAUUGACCAAGUUUAUAAUAUUUUUCUAUCAACAAGUUUGUGAUUAUAAUCACCAAAAAUUUGAGAAAUAGAUUUUUUUUUCCUUUUGUUGAUAAUCCACUGUAGUAAAAUGAUUCCCCCAGACAUGUGGUCUGCCUGAGAAAAGGACAAGGAUGUGUGUGAGCAUGUUUGAUUGUUGGUUAAAAAGUCAUUCUUUAGCUGCCAUUCCACGGCUUACUUACAAGUCUUCUUCAAGUGUGUCUGCGUUAAUAUAUGUUCAGUAGUAUGGUGGCUCUGGUCUGGUAGGUAGUUUACUGUUUGAGAAGAGGGUAUUUCUGUAAUGUCUCCCUAGUUUGUGCAGUUGCUCAUGUAUUUAUAUCAGUGAAAUCGUCUCUUAUACGCUCAAGGAAAAAAAUCAUGUCUCCUUUCCACUUUCUAAAUGUUUCUUGCUUAAAUGAGUAUUCCAUGGAAGGGAUUCACUCACAUUUAAUAAUAUACCUAAUAUGAGUGGAUUUCUCUUCAUGAGGUGCUCAUUUGAGCAAGCAAUGUUUGGAACUGGAACUAUUUAACAUCGGGUAUGAGUUUUGUCGGUAUGAGUUUUGUCUUUUGUUAUACACAUAGAAAACAAAAAAAAACAAUAUAGUAUUUGGUUUUCAUCAUCAUCAUCGUGCCCAGUGUCCACUUCACAUGAAUCUAAGAGCAUCCGCAACGCGGCUAUUUCACGAAUCCUUAGUGCGUUAACCUAGGGUGAUCUCAAUAAAAAAAUAUUAACAAGGCUGAGAUCGAUAAGGAGCGGUCCGUAAAUAAGGUGUUUAAGGACUGAGUCCUUAGUGACGUGGUAACGUCUAAUUGGGUCGGUCGAAAUAUGUAUACCGGCUUGGAAAAAAAAAUCUCAUUCGCGAGACCACACGAAAAAAAGCUCUCGGCGACGCUUGAGGCGAUUUGAUCUCCUCGGAUAAUCAAGGUUAAGGAAACAUGGGACAAGAUUAUAGCUACAACCAGCCUUCUUCAUCAGAGGAGUAUGACAUAUAUAUUACUUCCCUUCUUCAAGCAGAAGCUGAUAUCUACGCGGAUGAAGCUGAGAGUAGCCAGAAUAUUGCAGAGCCGUUUCAGUACCCUCCUCAACCUGAGGCUGAUGAUGGAAUCCCGAAGACAUGCUACUGUGGUGGUGAGCCUGUUGUUGCAACAUCUUACACAAGCAAAGAUCCAGGCAGAAGGUACUUCACGUGUGAGAAUGUUGAUGAUGGAGACUGGCAUGUUUGGAAAUGGUGGGAUGUGGCGGUAAUGGAGGAGAUGAGUGACUUUCAGAGACAACUUAGGCAGGUUAAGGAUCAACGUAAUGAGAGUGAGCAGAAGCUGGUUAAGCUAGAGGAGACAGUGUGGGAGUUAGCUAAGAAGAAAUCAGGGGUUAGAGAUGGCUUUCCAUUGGUUGUUUGUGUGAUGGUCAGUGUAUUCGUCUUAAUCUGUAUGGUGGUCAUGUUCAAGUGGGUUGAAGAGAAGGACAACGUCAUCACAUAGUGCCUGGUUAGUUUGUUUCCUUCUGCUUUUCAUAGUUUAAUCUGCAUAUAUUUAAAACUUUUGACUGCUUUUAUCUCAUGUCUGUUCAGGAAGAGCUGCAGAGGCUGAAAAGGCGAGGGUCUGACCUUUAGAAGGUGCAGUACAAGGAGUUUGUUGUGUAGUUUUUGUUCAAUCACGGGUGCAUUGGAGCUGUGAAAGUGUUUUGUUGUGUAGCACAUGUGAACCAAGUCACGGGUUCUGUUUUUUUCACUUUCACUUCUAUAAGUUUGUCUCUAGCAUAUGUGUAGCUAGCUAUCUCCUUUUCUUUCUUUCCUCUUCAUCUGUUAUCUCGACUUGUAAGCUUGUAAUCUUUGCUACUACUUCUUGUAAGCUUAUAAUCCCUUGCUACUACUUCUAUAUUAAGCUUUUAAUCUUUUGGUUGUACUUCUAUCUGUCUCCAAAAAAUCGUGUAAACUUAGCAACACAAGGUGUGAUUCGAGUUGCUUAUCUCUUAACUCCAUAAAGACAAU